ACGGGGGCUCGAACGUCGGACCAAGCGGUUCGCUGGCAGCUGCAGCUUGAUCGUGAUACUGCGCACCGACCGUCAACCAUUCGUUAAGCGGAUUCGAGCCACACCGUGAGUGGAGACAGUGCUUGUGCCGUUUUGUCUGCCGUACGAAAGAUCGGUCACUUCCUCAAUCAAACGGCCGGUUGUUGUUGUUUUUCGUUGUUGUUUUAUUACUCACUCCAAUCAACCCGAUCCCGGAUCGGUUCAGCGUGCACGCAGUCCGGUGGUAAAUAUCCAGUCAGCAUGAAGCAGUUUGGCGCACUAUUUGGAUCUCUCUUCGUCCUGGCCCUGGUCGCGCAGGCAUCAGCGGCUGCGGCUCCUAGCUGCCCGGAACCGUACGGCGAACAGGCGUACCUCCAUCCGGACCACUGUGAUCAGUUCUUCCUCUGCACCAACGGUACGCUCACGCUUGAAACGUGCGAGAAUGGAUUGCUGUUCGAUGGUAAGGGUGCGGUUCACAAUCACUGCAACUACAACUGGGCCGUCGACUGUGGUAACCGGAAGUUCGCAACCGAUCAGACACCCCUGUCGACGCCCGGCUGCGAGUACCUGUUCGGCGUCUAUCCGGAUGCGGCCGAAUGUUCCACCAGCUAUCACAAGUGCGCGUACGGCGAGGUGCACCAGGAGCUGUGCGAACCGGGCCUAGUGUACGAUCAUCGCAUCCAUGGCUGCAACUGGCCCGAUCAGCUGCUCGACUCGUGCAACCCGGAAGCGGUCGUUGGAUUCAAGUGCCCACAGUCGGUACCGUCUGGUACGGUGGCGGCCCGUUUCUGGCCGUACCCACGCUAUCCCGUACCCGGCGAUUGCCACCGGUUGAUCACUUGCGUCGAUGGACACCCACGUCUGAUUACGUGCGGCGAGGGUAAGGUGUUCAACGAGGAGUCGCUCACCUGCGAAAACCCGGAGGAUGUACCGCACGUCUGCCGUCACUAGGAUGACAUACUGAAUAUGUGGUGUAAAGCAAACAAACUCCCGAACGCCAAGAUUUGCACCACCCGAAAGAGUAGUCGCCCGAACAAAUUCGUUUCCUUCCGUUGUUUUGUUUUAUCGCUCACUCUAUUUCCUUCUCUCAUUGUCUAUUUUCACUUUUUGUUGAUUAGUCGUGUACGUUUGAUUUAUCGUUUCACUUGUAACUUUUAUUUCUCUACACAAAUAAUACGUUUUUUCUUUUUUGGAUGUCGCACUACCCCCCUUACAUCGGUUCACAAUCCGCCUUUAACUUGUUUCCUGCUCUUUUCUUUUUUAUGUAGCAUUGUUUGAUUAGCGUUCUUUUGUUUAACUAACACGUUCUCCUAUACACAGUUUGCACCUGCAUAUUCUUCUUUUUUGGCAGGGACGUACGUUUUCGACGUAAUUGCACCUUACUUAAUAGGUUCUUAUCUAUUUUUUGUUGUUGUUGUUGUUCUAAUUUCCCCUUUCUUCUAUCGAUAAUUUGCCGUUUUGGUUGCGGCUCACAAUUUCCGAUACAAAAUCGAGUUUAGUUUCAUAUCGCGCAUGAACGUACUAUUGGAAUAGCGGUUUUUGGCGGUUAUCUUUUCGGUUUUUUCCUUUAGCGAUUACCACGGUAAACAAAGAAAGAAAAAAAAACAAAUGCAGGAAAGGAAUAUGACAGUUAUUAAAAAAAAGGCACUCUAACAUACUCAGAAUACAGAAAUGACCAGAUGGAACAAAAAAAAAAAAACAUUCGAAAUUAUACAUCUUUUGAGUAAACAAAUUUCUUGAAUAAAUAAAAAAACCUACACACAUACACACAUUUAA